AUGAAUUAAUAGUUGGGAUCUUAUGUUAAGUUCUUUCAUAUCAUACGAGAAUUAGAGGAUAGUUUCUAAAUUGAUAGCAGAUAGAAGUAAAUACUCAAGGUUAACUUUACUAUAAAGGAUAAAAAAUUGAUGAAUAUUCUAAGCGAUCUAAAUGACGAGGACGAAGAGGAAAUUAAAUUUAGUCUUUUGAAUUAUUUGAAUGAAUUGCCUAAAGAAAAGCAAGGAGUUUCAAGAUAGAUGAAGAGAACUAGAUCAAGCAUAACAGAUGUGGAUCUAAUCAAGGGUGUCAAAUUGGAUGAUAGUUAAUUCCAUGAUUCGGUUGCCGAUAUGGAAAAGGCAUUUAAAUUGAUUAAUCAUUUCUAUAAUAAAAAAAAAGAGGGACAAACCAUAAAUCCUAAAAUCAAUCAGAUAUUUGAAAAUAUUCGUAAUCUCUUUACUUAGAAUGAAUCUCAAUCAAAUCCAUCAUCAGCUUUGCUCACUAAAUGUUCUUCAUCUCCAACCAUGGAUAUGAAUUAAUUGAUCGAAUCUGAUUUGUUGGAUUCCUAUAAAAGCAUAAAGUUUCAAUUUGCUAAUUACAUGAAAAGCCAUUUGUUAUUAAUGGAUGAAAAUGUUUCAUACACUACCAUAUUCAAUUUAUUGAGAGAAUUAACCAAAAAUCUAUUGGAUUGCGAUCAUUUUAGUUUUUUCAAAUUAAAUUCAAAUUCUGAGCUGGAAUUAUAUUAAACCAAGACUGACAUUUUUGAUUAAAUCCCAUUGGAUCAAUUCCUCACUGAUGAGAUUGCCUCAUUACCACAGAACAAGGUUUUUCGAUUCCCUCAAGCCUCUCAUUUGUGUUCAAAAUUAGACUCUAUGAAUUAUUUGUCCUCCUAUGGAUUGUAGACCAAUAAUGUGAUCUUCAUAUAUCAUUCCAAAUAAAAUAAAUAACUAGAUUCAGAAUCCAUAUUGAAAAUAGCCAACGAUUAUUAAUUGAUAGAUGAAUUGAGGAAUAUGUCCAUGUUUUUGAUUCAUACCAUCCAAAAUGCCAAAGUCUAGUUUUUUAGUCCAUUAUCCAUUGCAGACAUGAUCCUAGAUCUUGGCAUCUCAUUUCUCAGAGCCUCCAAAUUUAUAUUGAUUGAGUAGAUGUACAAUAUCCUUUCUCAAAUGUUCAAAAUGGACAAGUAAUCUUAAUUUAAUGAUAGAUUGCAAACAGAUCAGUAGGAUAUUUAAGUCUGGGAUUCCGAAAGUGUCUAUAUAAUAUUUAAAGACUCUUAAGUGACUGUGUGUUUCAGAAUUUAUUCGAUGAAUUUGUAGAAAUAGACAGACCAGAGAAUCUAUUCAGAAGUAAAACAUUAUUAUGAAAAAUAUCUCAGAUUUAUUAGAGAAUGUUUUGAUAAAAGUGCUUUCUAUAAAUUCUUUUUAAGAUCCAAUAACUCUUUAGUUUUUGAAUUUGAUAAGAGUGGACACCUUCUAUUCUUAUCAAGACCCAUACCCAAAUAAAUUAAAUCUAAUUUUAAUAUCCAAUUCAAUUCUCAUAUGAUACAUUAUAAUCAAUUGUCAUACAAUAAGAUCUUUGAUUAAAGGGUUGUGUCAAAUAUUGAGAACUAUCUUUAGGAUCAUAAUUGGAAAACUAUGAAAGAUAAUGAAAAACAAUAUGAAAUAUUUUUAAAAAUAGAGGAGAAAACGUAUAAAGGAUUUGCUUUGAUUUUUACAGAGAACACUAAGGGGUGGGUCAAGAAGUAAUUUAAAUAGUUAGAAUCUGGAAAUAAAUUAGAUUCUAAGAUAAAGGCUAAAAUUAGGAAAUAGUUAAUUUAACAUGAGACAAUCAAUUUUGUGAACAAACUAGAAGAAACUAAUCCGGAUGUUAAAUAUUCUGUGGCUUCAUUAUAUAUGCCUUUGCAAUAAUUGAUAUUGAAACGGACUAAAUCAAAUUAAGGAAAUUAGCAAGAUUAACCUAAAAUUCAAAAAUCUGAAGUUGAACUAAAAAGAUCCAAAUUUGCAACCAUGGAAGAAUUAGACUUAAAUGAGUUCUGUUUAACAAGUCAGGAUGACUUGAUAGACACAUUUGAUUUCAAUAUUAUGGAAUUAACAAGUUAGAAAGAUAAACAUAGAGUUGUGUGGGCAAUUCUAAAGAAGAAUAGAAUUUUUGAUGAUUUUGGUUUACCUUAGGAGAACUUAUAGAAUUUCAUUAAGGAGAUGGAAUAUCAUUAUAAUGUCAAUAAUAACCCAUAUCAUAAUUAUGAUCAUGGCGUUACUGUGAUGUAAACUGCUCAUUACUUUUGUAAAGAAUUAGAUUAAACAUCCAAGAAUACAAUCAUUGAUAAUUUCAACCGAUUUAUUCUUAUGAUCAGUAGUUUUGGACAUGAUGUUGGACAUACUGGUAGAACCAAUGUCUUUGAAAUCAAUAGUUUAAGUGAUUUAGCCAUUAGAUAUCAUGAUAAAAGUGUAUUGGAAUAACAUCAUGCUGCAUUAACAAUUUAAAUUCUAAAAUACCCUUAAUGCAACAUUCUAACCAAUCUAAAUUAAACAAAAGGAUUGAUAUCCAAUAUCUUGAGUACAGAUAUGUCUGAGCAUUUCACACUAUUGAAGGAUUUUGAAAACAGACCUAAGAAUUUCAAUGAUCCAAAGAUUUUAAGUGGUUAUAUCAUGCAUGUUAGUGAUUUUGGUGGUGCUGGGAAGAGAAGCAAUAUUUCAGUAAAGUGGUCAUCGAGAGUUAAUUAAGAAUUCAGUUUUCAAUACAAGUUAGAAGGAGAACUCGGAUACCCAUAGUAACCAUAUAUGAAGGAUCUACAUAUUGUAAUAUUCCAAUCUGAAGUUGGGUUUUUGAAGGUGAUUGUGAGACCUUGUUAUGUGUUGUUGAGUGAGUUCCUGGAAGGCAGAUUGAAACACUGCAUUGGGUAUAUUGAUGAUACUAUUCAAUAUUGGGAAAAGAUAGGGAAGAAAAAUGAAGAACAAUAAUAAUAAUAAUGA